GAAAAAGGAAUACCCCGUAUAAAUGAUUCAGCUCCCAUUUCCUUUUCAGUUUUCAACGGCACAUUCUCGAUCCUGAAAACAACACAUUCACAAUGGCGACAUUGAAGAUCCCCUCUCACGUUCCUCAUCCAUCAGAAGACAGUGAACAAUUGCGUGGUGCUUUUCAAGGAUGGGGAACGAAUGAAGGCUUGAUAAUAUCGAUCCUGGCUCAUAGAAAUGCAUCCCAGCGUAAGGCAAUUCGUGAAACUUAUGCUCAAACACAUGGAGAAGAUCUUCUUAAAGAUUUAGACAAAGAACUUUCAAGUGAUUUUGAGAAAGCUGUGUUGCUGUGGACCUUGGAUCCUGCUGAGCGUGAUGCCUUUUUAGCUAACCAAGCAACUAAAAUGUUGACUUCAAACAACGCUAUCAUCAUGGAAAUUGCUUCCACGAGAUCUCCACUCGAACUCCUUAAGGCAAAGUCAGCAUACCAAUCCCGUUUCAAGAAGUCUCUUGAAGAAGAUGUUGCCUAUCAUACUUCCGGUGACAUCCGCAAGCUUUUGGUUCCUCUUGUGGGCACAUUCCGUUAUGAGGGGGAUGAGGUGAACAUGACAUUGGCAAAAUCUGAAGCUAAAUUGCUUCAUGACAAGAUCGCAGAUAAGGCCUACAAUCAUGAGGACCUGAUCAGGAUCGUAACAACAAGGAGUAAAGCGCAGUUAAAUGCAACUUUGAACCACUAUAACAAUGCGUUUGGCAAUGUAAUAGACAAGGAUCUGGAAACUGGUUCUGAAGAUGAAUAUCUGAAAUUAUUGAAGGCAGCAAUUAAGUGCUUGACCUACCCUGAGAAAUAUUUUGAGGAACUCUUAAGGCUGGCUAUAAACAAGAUGGGAACAGAUGAAUUGGCCCUAACUAGAGUGGUGACAACGAGAGCUGAGGUUGAUUUGCAGCGUAUUGCAGAGGAAUACCAAAGAAGAAACAGUGUUCCUCUGGAUCGUGCAAUUGACAAUGACACUUCCGGAGACUAUCAGAAAAUUCUCCUGGCGUUGUUGGGACGUGAGGACUAGAGUUUUUACUCCGUCUAGUAGUCAUGAGAUGACUGUGUAGGCUAUCUACUUUUCCUUUAUCAUCAGUGUGAUUUUGUUGUGGACUUGCUGGUAACCUGAUUGUUAGAUGUAUGAGAUAUCCUGGUGGCUUUAAAUAAUAUGUUUUGAAUAUGUACUGAAAUUCAAAAUAGAACUUUGCCUCCUUAAAUAAAGAUGCAUCCUUGUCUA